GUAAGUAAGCAUAACCAUUAUCAUCUGGCUUACUUCAAAUUCCAGUCAGUACCAAUUGUGAAGUGCAGAGAAAUUAAUUGUUGCAAAUCAAGAAUAUUGAAAUCUGUUGCUGUUUCACCAUUUGGGUGAAAAUCUGCAAUGAUUCUAAAAGGACUAAUAUUUCUAUUAAUUUUAAAUUUAUCAAGAGCAGCUGAAAACAGUAGCUGUCCAAAUAUAAUUUCUCGUUCUGAAUGGGGAGCGAGAGAACCAAAGAAAAUUAAUUAUCUUAUAAUUCCUGUUCUCAACGUUAUAAUACAUCACACAGUUACAGAACAAUGUAAUACAAUUGCCGAUUGUUCUUCGAUUGCACGAAGUAUACAGUCAUCUCAAAUGGACAAUCUUGGUUGGGACGACAUUGGAAUCUCGUUUUUAAUUGGAAGCGAUGGAAACGUAUAUGAAGGUAGUGGAUGGUAUCAGGAAGGAGCGCAUACAUAUGGCUAUAACAAAAAAUCCAUAGGAGUUUUCUUAGUAGGAUCAUUUCAAGACCAGGAACCAAGUCAACAAAUGAUCGACACGGCACAUAAAUUGAUUCGUUGUGGUAAAUCUCUCGGGUUUUUGCGAAGAAGUGUCCGGGUAAUUGCGGCUCGUCAAGUUUCAUCUACGUUGAGUCCAGGACAAAAAGUUUUCAAUAAAAUUCGCAACUGGCCUGAGUGGGUUUCCAAUCCGUAGAUGAAGCACAAUUAUUUCGAUGCUUUAUUGAUAAAUGAAGCAUGAACAGUACUUUUUUUUACAGUGAUAAAAAAAAAGCAUUAUUAAUAAUUAUAAAAUUAUUAUAAAACUUUGUUAUUGUAAUUGGAAGUGAAUUUCAGAUUAUAUAUUUGAUUUAAAAAAAAUUCAGCAGGAAUUUUUAUUCUGUAAAAAGAAAAGAUCACGAAGUAGAUUUGAAGUUGCGAGCAAACAUACGUAAUGCGAUAAUGUCAAAUAUUUAUUUUCCUAAUGGAAUAUUCUGGAAUAACAUUGGACAGUUUUACAUAAAUAUUCUUAGCUUCGUUUUAUUUCCUCUCAUGCUUUUACCACUUUUAUAUACAAAUGUACUAACAAUAAGCUCAUGUAAAGAUGCGACGUGCAAGUGGCUUAACGUUAUAACAAACUGAGGUCCUGUGAACUACAGCAAGACAACAUAAAAUAAAAACAAAAAUAAACUAGAAUGAAUGAUA